UUUCUUAUAAAGUAAAAUAAUAUUAUCGAAUUGUUUUAAUUUUAUUUAUCUCAACAUAUUAAAUACAUUAACUGGACAAUAAUUUUAAUCUUUUGGGGAUUCGUGACAAAAAAAAUAUAUAAAAUAUACUUAGUUCGUUUUGUUCUCAAUCAAAACAUUACACUGCAAUUGAUAACCACGACCACCAAGAACUAAAUCUUCCAUAAAUCUUUAAAGAAUAUAGUCUUAUUUAAUCAAAUUACUUUCAUAAAGGAAAACAGUGACAUUUUAUUAAAAUAAAUUUAUAGAUUUCGUUGCAUACCACAUCCUUUAAUGUCGGAAACUAUUAAAAUAUGAAUGUACUACGUAACAAUCGCCUACAUCACUGGUGUUCUCGUUGGGUUGCAUCAGUCAGAAGAACACAUACUAACCACCCGGCAGCAACAAAGGAAAACAAAUUCAUAGUUGAAGACUUACAACAAAGGCAAUUGGUGCGUGUUAAAGGCGAAGAUGUUGUACCUUUUCUGCAAGGACUUACCACAAAUGACAUAAGGCAACUUGAAUCCUCGCACACGGGUUCUCUGUAUACCAUGUUCCUAAACAAGGCCGGGAGAGUGCUAUACGAUGCUAUUGUGUAUAAAGCGCCCAGCGAUAGUUCCACAAUAUUGAUUGAAUGUGAUCAAGACGUUUGCAAUGAAUUAAUGCGCCAUUUAAAAUUGUACCGGGUAAGAAGGAAAAUACAAAUUGAUAACAUAGCAGAAGAGUUAAAGGUGUGGUGUGUAUUCCAAGUUGGCGAAGGUCCAGCAUGUGUGCUGCCUCAGAUGCCUGUAGAUAAUAUGGACAUAAUAGGCGACCCAAGAUUACCUGAAUUGGGAUAUCGUUUAUUAGCAACAUCAGAUCGUACUUCUGAAGAGAUCUCAAAACUAUUGAAGAAUCUAUCAAACACUAAAAUUGAACUUUCGAAUGUGGCCAGUAACUAUCGUCUUCACAGAUAUAGCCUUGGUGUGGCGGAAGGAGUGCAAGAUAUGCCGCCAGGAAAACAAUUUCCAUUGGAGGCCAAUUGUGAUAUUUUAAAUGGUGUUAGUUUCAACAAAGGCUGUUACAUUGGCCAAGAGCUAACGGCAAGAGUUCAUCAUACGGGGGUAAUACGUAAAAGGCAUAUGCCGGUAAAUUUAAAGAAUCCCCUAAUGGAAAAUUCUUCCUAUGCAAUGUGCAACGAUGCUGGAGCAAAAGUGGGCAAUGUACUUGGUAGCAUAGAAACGAAAGCCCUGGCCUUAGUACGAAUUGAAAAGGCAUUAAAAACCAAAGAGUUGACCAUAGACGGAAAGCCCUGUUCUGUAGAAAUCCCUAAAUGGUGGCCACCUUUAUUGUUGAACAAUGUUGUGGCGAGGGAGGAGGCUUGAUUGCAGACUGUUGCCAUGUUUGUAGACACAAACUCAAAAAAUAAACAACAAUUUAUAUUGGGCUUUAAAAAAAUUUACAAUAUAAAUAAAUAUUUUAUUGGUAAAAAAUCUUAAACUACA